UGGGGCAACGGGGACACGCUGCCCGCGGCUGCAGAGAGCCGGCCCGGAGCGGAUCUGCCCCCGCCCGGCAGGCACCAUGGAGAUCGUCUACGUGUAUGUGAAGAAGCGCAGCGAGUUUGGCCGACAAUGCAACUUCUCUGACCGGCAGGCCGAGACCAACGUGGACAUCCAGCCAGACCCGAGCCUAGCCAAAAACUUCGUAGAGAGGGACCCCAUUGAUGCUGCAAUACAGUGUGCCAGUGAUAUGUCGGAGCAUGAGGUCAACACAGAGAGAUUUGAGAUGGAAAACGAGGGGGUUAACCACUUGGAAGGAGGGUGGCCAAAAGACGUCAACCCGCUGGAGAUGGAGCAGACCAUUCGCUUCCGGAAGAAAGUGGAGAAAGAUGAGAACUAUGUCAACACCAUCAUACAGCUCGGCAGUCUGAUGGAACAUUGCAUCAAACAGAACAAUGCGAUCAAUAUCUACGAGGAGUACUUUGACGAUGAGGAGACAGCAGACGUAGCAGAUGAGCCUCCGUCUGCAAAAACCAUCAAUGUGUUCAGGGAUCCAAAUUUAAUCAAAAGGACAGCAACGCAUCUCUCCUGGCACCCAGAUGGAAGCAAGAAGCUGGCAGUAGCUUAUUCCAGCCUGGAGUUCCAGCGAAGCUCCAAAGAUAUGAGCUAUGAGUCAUACAUAUGGGAUCUCGAAAAUCCAAACAAACCAGACCUGGUUCUCAGGCCAUCAUCCCCGCUUGUGAGCCUGGAAUACAACCCCAAAGACUCUCACAUCCUGGUUGGAGGAUGCUAUAAUGGACAGAUCGCUUACUGGGACACCAGGAAAGGAGGACAGCCUGUGGAGCUUUCCACCAUAGAAUUCAGCCACAGGGACCCUGUGUAUGGAAUGAUCUGGCUUCAAUCCAAAACCGGCACAGACUGUUUCUCCGCCUCUACCGAUGGGCAGGUCCUGUGGUGGGAUAUUCGUAAGCUGACCGAACCCACUGAGACACUGGUGAUGGACAUCAGCAGGAAAGGAGUCUUGGAGGAUGCUUUAGGAGCCAUCGCGCUGGAGUUUGAACCAACCAUGCCGACCAAGUUCAUGGUGGGGACGGAACAAGGCGUGGUGAUCACCUGUAAUCGCAAGGCCAAGACACCUGCUGAAAAGAUAGUUGGCACAUACAGUGGGCACCAUGGCCCCAUCUAUGCCCUGGCAAGGAACCCUUUCUUCCCCAAGAAUUUCCUGACAGUCGGGGACUGGACUGCUCGGAUCUGGUCUGAGGACUGCAAGGAAUCGUCCAUCAUGUGGACCAAGUACCACAUGGCUUACCUAACAGACGGGUGCUGGAGCACCAUCCGGCCAGCUGUCUUCUUCACAACCAAAAUGGACGGGACCCUUGAUGUCUGGGACUUCCUCUUCAAACAGAACAACCCCUACCUCAGUGUGAAGGUCUGUGAUGAGCCUCUCUUCAGUCUGCGUCUGCAGGACAACGGGCGUUUCAUUGGCUGCGGCUCUAAGCUGGGCACAGUGACCCUGCUGGAGGUCUCUUCCGGGCUCUGUACCCUGCAGAGGAACGAGAAGAACCUGGCCACAGCGAUGUUUGAGCGAGAGACAAAGCGAGAGAAGAUCCUGGAGGCCCGGCACCGGGAGAUGCGUCUGAAGGAGCGCACCAAGGCCGAAGGCAAGGAGGAGGACGUGAAGGUGGAAACGGAGGAGGAGAAGCCUGAGGAGCUGCUGGCCAGAGUCCAGAAGGAGUUCUUUGAGAUCAUUGAAGCAGAGAUCAGGAGGAAGGAGCGGGCAGACAAGCUGUCGAAAGCCCAGGAGAAGGAAGUUACAGAUGAAAACAAGGAUGAAGACCCCUACAAGGAGGAGUGAGCCUGGCAUGUGACUCGCACAGUCACACUUAAUUUAUUCUCGUACCAGUGCAGGUUGUUUCCCCUUUUGAUCUUUUCUACAAGACAGACUGGAUUAAUAAACAGCAGCAUUUUUAAGCCAUGUCUGGUUGGGUCCGACAGAUGUCAGGGUAGCGGGAUCUGUAUGUUGCAAUCUGCUUUGCAUCCUGGACCGAUGGAGGAGGCAGGCAGCCAUUCCCUGGACGCCGCUGUCUGCCUAGAGACCGUGCUGUCUCCCCUACGCAGACCCGCAGGCUGAGUACAGCAGCCGCCACUGGAGAUCCGUGCCAUGUUCUGUUCCGCCUGCUCUCCUUCUCCUGCCCACAGGAGCAUGGGACGUUCCCCUUCCCCUCAAUAAGCAGGUGGUUUUAUGACGUGACAAAAGGCCAAACACUCCUGGUCAAACACUUGGCUCCUCUCCUUUUCCCAACAUGCACCUUGCAGCCACUGUGCCAGCUCGCCAGGCCUAGCGAUCGCAGCUGGGGCAGCCUGUCUAGUCUGUCGAGGUUCCCCUGUGACACUCAUCCACGCGGGAUCUGCUUGGGUCAUGGAACUGAUUGGCUGGUUCCAAACUCGCGACUCUCCUGCUGACAGCAAAGGGGCCAGGCGCUGGAAUACUUCCUGCGGAGGGCUACGAGGAUGUAGUGUGUGUGUGUCUGGCUGCAGGCAUGCAUGUGCCCUGGAGAAGUGGGGACUGAGUGGCUGUGUAGCAACAGCAGGAAGAUGAUCAUGGCAGAAGCAAAACCCCCUUGUACAAAUACAUGUGCGCUGCUUCGGUAAUUUGCAGACAUGGCCAGCCGGGGACAGGGAGACUGCUGCACAUUCGUGGCUGUAACUUCAGUCUGUUCCGGGCAGGAGCUUUCUCCUGAAGCUGCUGCUCCGCAAGGAGAGCUCAGAGCUGCGGAGCUCCCAUGCAUUGCCCUGUGGAAAGGCCUUUCCAGUGGCUUGCGGUUGGGAAAGUGAAAGCAGCUCUCUGGGCUGCUCACCCAGCAUUUUUGUUCAGAGCCCCUUCUCCAUGUGGUCUCUCAGGCAGGUCGGUAUAGUCAUCCCCUUUGUACAGAUGGGGAAACUGAGGCACUGA